AUGGCCCAUCAGGAAGGCUAUAGCACAGUCUGCCCGCCGCUCUUCUUCGACGAAGAUUUUGGCUACUGGAAGGGCCGAAUGGAGUUACCUCCAAACCCAGAAGUUGAGACGGCUAGCCAACUUCACACGCGCAUUCAAGACCCCCUCGCAAUCGGACAGGAGGUGGAGAAUCGGGAUGUAAUAAGGUCUUGGCCUCACAUUCCAGUGGUGAGCAUUCCUGAAGAUCCGACAAUGAAAAUUGCCCUAUCUCUGAGAUACGAGAUCAACAGGAGUCUUGCUGUUUUAAUGGAAAUUGCAUUAGGGCGCGACAUGAAGAAAUUCCUUGCUGUUAUUGCUGGUCUAUGGGUUAUUUCAAUUGUUGGAAACUGCAUGAAUUUCCUGACAUUUUUUUAUAUCGUUUUCAUCACGCUUCACACCGUGCCUUUCUUAUAUGACAAACAUGAAGACCAAGUUGAUGCAUUCGGGGAGAAGGCAGCUGCAAAAUUCAAGAAGCACUAUGCAGUGGUUCACGCCAAGUAUCUAAGUAAGAUACCAAAAGGGCCAUUGAAAGACAAAAAAUCCCAGUAAGACAAAAAAAAUGAUGGUAUCGCAUGGUGUCUUGAUGUUCAACGGUAGCUAUCUUUUUCGUGCUUUAGUUCCAACUUUCGGUCUCUCAGUGCUGAACCGAGUUACUGGUUUUUGAAACUUGUCGUGUCGUGGCUGGGACCGGUUCUUGUUUUUUUUUUGUUUGUUAAUGU